CGCGUGCACUCGGUCAUUUCCAGUCAAUCGGGUGGAGAAGAGUUGUUCAGUUGCAAGUCUAGAUUUGGCGAAGUCGAAAAUAAUAACAGUUUGCGUUUGUGUAUAAUAAUUCAACUAUACGGCCGACACUGGGGAGGAAAGCUUAUCGGGUAUAAAGCUGGCUUAGAACGAGGAGCACAUACUGGACAUUAAAGAGAACUGUUUCUAAAAAUGCACCGUUUAAGGACUUGUGCUUUUAGGUUGAGGCCAUUAACGGCUUUGCAGACUGUUCAGAAUUAUUCACAGAAGCAGCCAGCAGCCCCAAGGACGUUUUCACCUGUAAGGUGCUAUUCUGCACCUGUUGCUGCUGAGCCCUUUCUCAGUGGGACAAGCUCAAACUAUGUGGAGGAGAUGUACUAUGCUUGGCUAGAGAAUCCCAAAAGUGUACAUAAGUCAUGGGAUAUUUUUUUUCGCAAUGCCAAUGCUGGAGCCCCACCAGGGACUGCUUAUCAGAGCCCACUUCCUCUUGGUACAAGCCUAUCCACCAUGGCACAGGUGCAGUCCAUGAUGCAUGCCCAGCCAAAUGUGGAGAAACUGGUAGAAGAUCACCUAGCAGUGCAGUCGCUCAUCAGGGCUUAUCAGAUUCGUGGGCAUCAUGUAGCCCAGCUGGACCCUCUGGGAAUCAUGGACGCAGACCUGGAUUCGUCCGUCCCAGCUGAUAUUAUCACAUCUUCUGACAAACUCGACCUUUCAGUGUUCAUGGAUCGUCUGAGAAUACUAACGGUAGGAGGAUUUUAUGGUCUGGAUGAAUCUGAUCUGGACAAGGUUUUUCGCCUGCCAACCACAACAUUUAUUGGGGGAAAGGAGACUGCCCUCCCACUCAGAGAGAUCAUUCGUCGAUUGGAGAUGGCUUACUGCCAGCAUAUUGGUGUGGAGUUCAUGUUUAUCAAUGACUUGGAGCAAUGCCAGUGGAUCAGGGAGAAGUUUGAGACACCUGGACUCAUGCAGUUUAGCCUAGAAGAAAAACGUACACUUCUGGCAAGGAUGGUCCGCUCCACCAGGUUUGAGGAGUUUCUGCAGCGGAAAUGGUCCUCUGAAAAGCGUUUUGGUUUAGAAGGCUGUGAGUCUCUUAUUCCUGCUCUGAAGACCAUUAUUGACAAGUCCAGUGAAAAUGGAGUUGACAAUGUGAUCCUGGGAAUGCCCCACCGAGGUCGAUUGAAUGUACUUGCCAAUGUGAUUCGGAAGGAAUUGGAGCAGAUUUUUUGCCAGUUUGACUCUAAACUUGAAGCUGCAGAUGAGGGCUCUGGAGAUGUCAAGUACCACUUGGGCAUGUAUCACCGUAGGAUCAACCGUGUGACGAACAGGAACAUCACACUUUCCCUGGUGGCAAACCCUUCUCACUUGGAGGCUGUGGAUCCUGUGGUUCAGGGCAAGACUAAGGCAGAACAGUUCUAUUGUGGAGACGUUGAUGGGAAAAGGGUUAUGUCCAUUUUGCUGCAUGGAGAUGCUGCCUUUGCAGGGCAAGGCAUUGUUUAUGAAACCUUUCACCUGAGUGACCUUCCUUCUUACACAACACAUGGGACUAUCCAUGUGGUCGUCAACAACCAGAUUGGUUUUACCACAGACCCGCGAAUGGCUCGCUCAUCUCCCUAUCCUACUGAUGUGGCACGAGUAGUAAAUGCACCUAUUUUUCACGUGAAUGCAGAUGACCCAGAGGCUGUUAUGUAUGUAUGCAAUGUGGCUGCAGAGUGGAGGUCCACCUUCCAUAAAGAUGUAGUUGUCGAUCUGGUAUGUUACAGACGAAAUGGACACAAUGAGAUGGAUGAGCCUAUGUUCACUCAGCCACUAAUGUAUAAGCAAAUCAAGAAGCAGAAGCCAGUGUUACUGAAGUAUGCAGAGAAGCUUAUGUCUGAGGGUGCUGUGACCCAACAGGAAUAUGAGGAGGAAAUUUCCAAGUAUGAUAAAAUCUGUGAAGAGGCUUAUACAAGAUCUAAGGAUGAGAAAAUCCUGCACAUCAAGCACUGGCUAGACUCACCUUGGCCUGGUUUCUUCACCCUGGAUGGUCAGCCAAAAAGCAUGACAUGCCCAUCAACUGGACUAAGUGAAGAGGAACUUAAUCACAUUGGAGAAGUUGCCAGCUCUGUCCCGGUUGAAGAUUUCACUAUUCAUGGAGGCUUGAAACGAAUCCUGAAAGGGCGUGGUGAUAUGGUGAAAGAAAGAACUGUAGACUGGGCCCUUGGGGAAUACAUGGCAUUUGGCUCACUGCUGAAAGAAGGCAUACACGUGCGAUUAAGUGGACAGGAUGUUGAAAGGGGCACUUUCAGUCACCGGCAUCAUGUACUACAUGAUCAAAAUGUGGACAAACGGACAUGCAUCCCAAUGAACCAUAUGUGGCCAAACCAGGCUCCAUACACUGUGUGUAACAGCUCCCUUUCAGAGUAUGGUGUUCUUGGCUUUGAGCUGGGCUUUGCAAUGGCUAGCCCCAACGCCCUUGUACUUUGGGAGGCACAAUUUGCUGAUUUCUAUAACACUGCACAGGCAAUUAUUGAUCAGUUUAUCUGUGCUGGUCAAGCUAAAUGGGUUCGUCAGAAUGGUAUUGUCCUGCUUCUUCCCCAUGGCCUGGAAGGAAUGGGACCAGAACACUCGUCUGGCCGGCCUGAGAGAUUCCUGCAGAUGUGCAACGAUGACUCUGAUGUUUUCCCUAAAAUUACUGAUGACUUUGCUGUUCGCCAGCUAUAUGACUGUAAUUGGAUUGUGGUUAACUGUUCCACUCCAGCAAACUACUUUCAUGUCUUGAGAAGACAAAUCCUCCUGCCUUUCAGGAAGCCGUUGAUCAUCUUUACCCCUAAGUCAUUGUUGCGUCAUCCAGAAGCCAAAUCUAGUUUCAAUGACAUGCUACCUGGUACACAUUUCCAGCGUUUGAUUCCAGAUGAUGGACCUGUUACUAAAAACCCUGAAGGAGUGCAGCGCAUUGUUUUCUGCGCAGGCAAAGUGUACUAUGAACUGACUCGAGAAAGGAAAGCUCAAGGAAAGGAAGACAAGGUUGCCAUUUCAAGGAUUGAGCAGCUAUCUCCAUUCCCUUUUGACUUGGUGAAACAAGAAGUAGACAAGUACCCCAAUGCUGAACUCGUGUGGUGUCAGGAGGAGCACAAGAAUCAGGGAUAUUAUGACUAUGUGAAGCCACGUAUUCGCACUACUAUUAACCGUGCUCGACCUGUAUGGUAUGCCGGUCGUGACCCAGCUGCAGCUCCAGCCACAGGAAACAAGAACACCCAUCUUCAAGAGGUGAAGCGCUUCCUGGAUGCAGCCUUAAACACGGAUGCUUUCAAGGGACUUUCUUAAAGGCCUCUGCUUCGCCUCACUUCCAUGUAAUCUAAAGAAACCAUUUAACUGUCUGACUGGAUGGCUCUCUCCUGCCUACCUACUAUCAAGUGUUUUAGAGGAAGACGCAAGCAAUGCAGCCCAGUGUGGCAGCUGUAAACCAGCCUUAGAAUGAAUGAAUGAAUGGCACACAAGAUAAUAGAAGCUUUUGGCCAUCUUUACUUUAAUCUGAAAACAGGGACUUUAGACUUGGGGCUUUAAAUUCAGGAGGGCUUGGUUUCCCUCUAGAGAUUCCCUUAAUUCUGCACUAUCUUUUAUAAGAGGGUAUUGGGCUUUUUAAUCUCUUCCACACUCUGUCCCAGUCUGGGAGUGCUCGAGUUCUUUGCCGAUUUAGCUGCUAUUUAUCGGAGUCCUGUGGAGAGUCAGUCUUCUGCCUUAUUUUCUAUCUUUUGCUUUAUAGUUGUGCUCAGUAGUGUCGAGAACAAAUCUGCUUUCUCAUGGAUUAGGCAUUGACGGCAGCACUAUUGUCAUCCUGCGUGAGAAGCAUAUCCCAAUACUCAGUAAAAUUACUUGUAGGUGACAAUUCCAGUUUUCGAUUUCUACUCGAUGGUCACAUUCAGAAACUUUAAAGAUACCCUUUUUUAAGACUUUCAUUUUUAAAAUAAUUGAGCUACAGGUGGAUAUUUUUAUUUUUUUUCCCUUUUUUGAAUAGAUUUUUUAAUGCUGAACAUAAUGAGUCUUCUAUUGGUAGACGCCACUUCUCCCCAUUUGCUCUUCCUGCUUAGUGACCGCUUGGUACAGCCUGGUAACAGCUGGUAGACUGGGCAUCCCCAGCUCUAUUCUGUCUGCUUGUGUUUCCCAAAUGUCAGAAACUUCAACGUGUGCAUGCUCUACUGACUUCUAUGGCCUCUUCAUUUAAUUGUAUUCAUUUCUGUGCCCCCCUACCCAUGUAUAUUUUAAAGUUUGAAAUGUAAAAGAUCAAACAACUUUGCACAUCUCCUGGUGCAGGCAAGUUUAAUUAACAUAAUGCGAUAAUAAUCACUAUGUCUGCUUCCUACAAUGCACUAUAUUUUUUUCUCUCCCGCACAAUUCAUAAAAACACAAAAUAAUGUAUCUGUGGUUUGUACAUUUGUGAAUAAACAGAUUUUCUAUUUCAAAACUAAAUAUCAUACUAAAAAUGUACUCUUGCAAUGUAAUGAGAUGGCAUUUUAUGGAUCUUUUAUUAAUGGCACGUUUUUCUCCUUCCUUCCACACACCACAGCCUCCCUCAAUUUUACAACCAGUGGCAUAAAAAUAGUAAUAAUGGCGGCUUACUCCUACUUGAUAAUAGUACCUCAAAUGCCACCCCUCCUUCCACGUAUAUUGCAAGAAGGGUUAAGCGCUAAAAUAAUACAUGGAUGGAAAAAUACAAUCUGCACAUUUUAUCUCCAUAAGAAGAAAGUAAGCAGUUUAUUUAUUUUCAUAUUCAUGAUUAAGUUUUCCAAUGUAUAAUUUUGCUGCAAUCAAUAAAGACCUGUUCUUCUC